CCCCCUCCGGGGGAAGCCCUGGCCUGCGGGCCAGGGGAUGGAGCUGGGGCGCGCGGGGAGGAGGCGGCUGCUUCCCGCGGGCCACUGAGCGGCCAUGAAGACCCUCAUCGCCGCCUACUCUGGAGUCCUGCGAGGCACUGGCUCUAGCAUCCUCUCUGCACUGCAGGACCUGUUCUCCAUCCCCUGGCUAAAUAAAUCUAAGGUCGAGAAACAGCUUCAGGUCAUCUCUGUGCUACAAUGGGUCCUUUCCUUCCUCGUCUUGGGAAUUGCAUGCAGCCUCAUCUUCAUGUACAUAUUCUGCACAGACUGUUGGCUGAUUUCAGUACUGUAUUUCACAUGGCUGGUCUUUGACUGGAACACCCCAAAAAAAGGUGGCAGGAGAUCAAAGUGGGUGAGAAAUUGGGCUGUGUGGCGGUAUUUCCGAGAUUAUUUUCCCAUCCGGCUGGUGAAGACUCACAACUUGCUGACAACCCGGAAUUAUAUCUUUGGGUAUCAUCCCCAUGGUAUCAUGGGCCUGGGGGCCUUCUGCAACUUCAGCACCGAGGCCACAGAGGUUGGAAAGAAAUUCCCUGGGAUCCGACCUUAUCUGGCAACUUUAGCUGGGAACUUCAGGGUCCCUGUGUUAAGAGAAUACUUAAUGUCGGGAGGUAUCUGCCCUGUCAACCGUGACACCAUUGACUAUCUGCUUUCCAAGAAUGGGAGUGGCAAUGCUAUCAUCAUCGUGGUGGGGGGUGCUGCCGAGUCCCUGAAUUCCACACCAGGAAAGAAUGCCGUCACUCUGAAGAACCGGAAGGGCUUUGUGAAGCUGGCCCUGAGGCACGGGGCUGACUUGGUUCCCAUCUAUUCCUUUGGGGAAAAUGAAGUUUACAAGCAAAUAAUAUUUGAAGAAGGUUCAUGGGGCCGCUGGGUCCAGAAGAAGUUCCAGAAAUACAUUGGCUUUGCCCCUUGCCUUUUCCAUGGUCGGGGCUUCUUCUCCUCCAACACUUGGGGCCUAGUGCCAUACUCUAAGCCCAUCACCACGGUUGUGGGUGAGCCUAUCACCAUCCCCAAACUUGAGCAUCCAAGCCAGAAGGACAUCGAUCUAUAUCAUGGCAUGUACAUGGAGUCCCUGGUGAAACUCUUUGACAAGCACAAAACUAAGUUUGGUCUUCCUGAGACAGAAGUUCUGGAAGUGAACUGAGUGGACUGGGCUGGUGGUGGGCAGCCAGCGGCCUCCCCCUCGGGGGAAGAGUCAGCCUCAAAUCAUUUUUCUACCAAGUUCUCAAGUGCUUUUUCUUCUGUAAAUUUGGAAGCCUCAUGGGUGUCUGUGGGUUAUUUUAAAGAAAAUUAUAAUAACAAAAUAAUAAUUUUGUUAAAAUAUUACAAUGUUAGGUCUUUUUUAAGGAAAAAAGUGAAUGUAUCCAAACUCUCUUGCUUCUAGUACAUCCCACUCUGGACUGAUUUUUUUCUUGCCUUCUCCCCAUAUUUCUCAACCUGAUCCCUCCUUCCAUCAUCAAAAACCAAAAAAAAAGUUACUUUCUUAUUUAAUUAUGAAGAGGAGACCAAGACUGUAUAGGAAAGCAUCCUGCCUGGAUAUGAAAUUAGAGGAAUCUGGAUUCAAAUCCAAACUCUGCAGUUUGCUUCCUGUCUUAUCUUGGGCAAGUCUCUUGUUGCCCAAGGUCAACUUCCUCGUCUUUUAUAAUGGAGGGGUUAGAACAGAUGAGCUCCAGCAUCCUUCCUAGUUUGAGGAUCCCAUAACCCUAAAAAGCUUCACCCUAGACUCUAAAGAAACAGUUUCUCCAUCCCACCACAUUCGUUGUGCCCCACCCCCAUCCCUAGUGUAGUCACACUAAUGUGCACUUGUCCCCAACCACAUGAUAGUCCAUCACUUUCCUAAAGCACGGAAAGUGAUGGCCCUCUAGUACAGUCCAGCUGCUACUGACCCUGACCUAUACUGAACAAGUUGGGUGGACCUUUGUGUGAUUUCAUUAGAACUAUCUGCCCAAGCUAGAGAUGGUGGCAUGUAGGAGAAGUUACUGGUAUUUUAUCUCCCCUUGUUGGUUUGGGGGAGUGGGACUGGAUGGUCUUGAAAACUACCUUCUACUUUUUGAGAUUUUUUGCAUAGCCAACACCUUCCCUCCUUCCCCAACUCUCUCCCACACUUAGACUGUUGUAAACAUACCCCUUGAUGCUGUCCCCUCUCCCAUCCCCUGUUCCCCUUUGUUAAAUACUUCUCUUUCAACUCUGAAUGUCACAGGAAACCAGGCCUGGCAUGAAAUGCUCCUAACUUACUGUCUGGGUAAGCCCGGCCUUGUCAUUCCACAGAUUUAGGCCUCAGUUUUCACCUCAGUAAGCAGAGGAUAGGGACAGAAAUCCAAUAUUGGGGCUCGUGAGCUCCUUGGCCAGGGAAAUGUAGGUCAGCUCCCAUGAUAGGAGAAUAACCUGUGUGGCCUGCAUGAAAAGGUCCGGAGAGGAAAUUGAAGAUGUGGAUGAGGCUCCAUGGAGAAUCACUCCAUGGGCCCAAACCAUGCCUUUGAGAACAGCUAGUUUACACAGGGAUAGGCCCCUCUCCCAUUUUAGGGUCUGAAGGAAAAGGUGGCCUCCAUCAGGGAGCGUUCCCUCCAUUCAGGGCCUGACAAGCAGUACCAUUCACCUGAAGACCAAGUGCCAGGGGUGACCCCAAACCUCAUAUCUGUGUCCUAUGCUAUAUGUGUGAUCUUGGGCAAGUCACCUCCUUUCCUUGGGCCUCAUUUUCCUGUGCUAAGAUGAGGACUAAGGACUGUUUAAUCUCGUAAGUUCUCUUCCAGCAUCAAUCCCUAUGAUCCUCUCAUCUAUGUGCCUUUGCAGAGCGGGGGACCAGAGAUGCCUUCUCACAUCCCAGCACCUUAUGGCCAAAUGAGCCUGUAUGUAUAUGUUCUCUCUUCAUAUUUCUCAGAUCAUUGUACCAUAUUGAAACGUUUUGUAUAAAUUUAUAGAAAUAAACUUUGGUUGGGACUAG